AUGGCAGAAUUGAAGCAACCGCAUCCGCCAAAGCUCACCCAGCAACCUAGCAGCUUUUUAGGACCAACACCAAAAGAAGUGAAGGCCAACUUCGAAGCACAUACCAAACGGCGGCGUGCAGUCAUUCGAGAUGAGGCUAGGAGGCUCGCUCGCUCAGCGACUGCUCCAGAAGCAGCGCUGACACGAAGCUUUUCGGUCACCAAGCCGCGAGCAAGACAGCUGUUGAAUGCCGAAGGUGAUGCCAACGGCAAGAUGAAGUGCGUCGCAUCCCUGCCCAAUAUGAUUGGGCUCGAUCAGAUACCCUUCUACCAGCAAAUGGGUGUAAUCCCACGAGAACUCAAGAAUGGAAAGAACGUCAAGCCGGCAGACAACAUCAAACUCCUCCCAGAGUCCCAGCAGUUACUACGCGGCAAGAUUGCCUACUUCUAUCCCAAUGACGAUGUCAGCAUGGUACGGCGGACUCGUAUCCACAAGGUGAUACAGCUUGGGGCAGCCUGGGUGAACAAGUGGCGAGACGAUGUCACACACAUUCUGGUCGACGAUGUGAACCACACGUACACGCAAUUGCUACGGCAUCUUAAUCGAGCAGGCUUUCCAGAGAAGGUAGUGAUAGCAAAAUUCGACCCGUACAUACCACAGUGCAUACAAUUUGGCAAACUCAUGGAUCCAUCUGCUGCACGCUUCAGCGUCAAAGGUGCACUGCAACGAGGCCCAGCAAGUCAGAUGCCAGACACAUUGAUGGCUGUGUCCGAGGCGUCAGGCGAGUCACGAACAUCGCUCCAGAUCAAGCCUAUGAGGAAGCAGAGAGAUGCUAUACCGUCUCAGAAAACGGAUUCCGUACCGACAGAGGGCACACCGAGCCAGGCUGAAAAGGUCGCAGAGAGCCCGCUGCAAGAUCGGGUUGAAGACAGCUUCGUGAUGCCUUCGUCGGAACCAGACGAGGUACUUCAUGAGCAUACAAUCCCCGAUGCAUCGUUUGGAGAUGAGCUUCUUCAGGCUAUCCAAGAAAUGAAAGCAAUUGCGCACCUUCCUAUCGACGACGACGAAGACGAAGGAUCCCCAACUCCGAGCGUUGUUGGCGCAGAAGAUGAGGGUUCGGGCACAGACGAUGAGCCUCUAGAUGAGCCCACCAGAUCUCGCAAGAAGUCGUUUGCGAACGAGAAGUCAGUCUCCACCCGAUCGUCGAAGAAAGGCUUCGACCAAAGUGGGUUCCAGUGUAUGGACCCCAGCACUGGCGGCUACGCCUCUCCGAAUCCCAACGCCCGCACCAUUCAGAUCCUCGAAGAGAUGAGUAGGCAUUACGAUCAGAUGCAAGACCAGUGGCGUACCUUGGCGUACCGCCGAGGCGUAACCAUACUGAAGAAGCAGACCACAAAGAUCACCACCGCAAGGCAGGCUGCAGCCCUGCCAUUCAUCGGCUCCCGGCUAGCAGAGAAAAUUGAGGAGAUCGUUCUCACCAAUCGACUGCGCAAGCUCGACAACACAAAAGACAACCCACUCGACCAAGUCCUCCGUCUCUUCCUGGGUGUCUACGGUUGCGGACUCGUGCAAGCGAAUAAAUGGAUCCAAGCCGGGCAUCGCACGCUCGUCGAUCUCCUUACAAAAGUCAAGCUCACCGACAGCCAGAAGAUCGGCGUCGCACACUACGACGACUUCAACAGCCGCAUUCCGCGCGCCGAAGUCGCUGCUCACGGGCAUAUUGUAAUCAAAGCCCUGAAGAACAUCGAUACGAACUUUGAAGCAACAGUAAUGGGUUCCUACCGCCGCGGCGCAUCGGACUCGGGCGACAUCGACAUGCUCAUCACGCACCCGACCGCCUCGCUCGCACAGCUCCGCAGCGUGGUAUUCCACACCCUCAUCCCUUCACUCUUCAAAGCCGAGUUUCUCAAAGCGAGUCUCGCGACAAUGCGCAAGCACGACGCGAGCGGCACGAAGUGGCACGGCGCCAGCUGUCUCCCCGGCAGCGGGGUGUGGCGACGCGUGGAUCUUCUGGUCGUGCCGGAGAGUGAGAUGGGCGCUGCGCUCAUUUAUUUCACGGGCAACGACAUCUUCAACAGGAGUGUGAGGCUCCUGGCACGCAAGAAGGGUAUGCGGCUUAAUCAGAGGGGACUGUACAAGGACGUCAGGCGCGGGCGCCGUGGAGAGAAGCUGAAUGAGGGCGUGCUGGCAGAAGGCAGGAGUGAGAAGAAGAUCUUUGAGAUUCUGGGUGUACCGUGGAGGGAGCCUCACGAGAGGAUCUGUUAA